AUGCUCGAAACUCGCCGCAAGCUUCUCAAUACGGCGCUAGCCGGCAACAUGAUUCUGUCAUGCGCGUUGCUAGUAAAUACCAUGUUUCUAUUAAAGAAGCCUAACGUAGGCUUUGACGCGGCACUUACAGCCAGUGUCUACGUGGUCUUUACUUUCGUUGCUAUCGUUAUCCUGAACAAGACGCCCUCCGCUUUUUCCAUUGGGUUCCUGGUCGGAGUGUCGGUCUUUAUUUUAGUGAUGGCUUUUCAGGGAGCUCUCUACUGGGGGUUGGAGACGCACAACAAUUCACGACGAACAACUGCGGGCUGUUUGGCUUCUGGUCUCCAUGCCGUGAUUUUUGCAGUGCAAUGUAUGGUCACAACUGUUGUGGUUAAGUCUAAGGAAGACGUCAUCGACACAUACGCGGCGUACGAAUACAUUCCAGAUACGGACUACGCCGACAAUGUAAUGUUGGCGAACAUGCUGCGUUCUACGUCGCCUAUCAAUUACCAGACGAACAUCCCCACCGCUGACAUCUGA